CGCCCCUUCAUCCUAAUAAGCCCGCCCGCAGCUUGGCCGGAGCACUGGGGGGUGGGGGCCCGCCGCUCUGAGGGAAGGGGAAAGGCCAUUGGUCGAGCGGUCUCUGACGCCCCCGCCGGCGCGGGGUUGGCGCUCAGGUCCAGCACGCGCCGCUCCGUGAUUGGCUGGGGUGUUUGUGACGUCAGGCAGCGGGACGUCGGCGUGGCCUGAGGGAGCGAGAAGCCGGUGAAAAAGAGAUGUAUCAUGGAUUAUCUGUCUAAGCCUGGGGUUUUUGGCAUCAUUGCUGGUGUCACCUGCGGAGUAUGCUUGGGCUGGAGCAUUCGAGCUCGGUUGUUCCGGCCAUCCAAACCCAGACUGGCCAUGAUUGCCAACGAACUAGGCAACGAAGCCAGUAUAAUGGGCGAAUACGGAGAAUUCAAGAUGGUGAUCAUAGUCAGGAAUGACUUGAAGAUGGGGAAAGGCAAAGUAGCCGCCCAGUGUGCUCAUGCAGCAGUUUCAGCCUAUAAACAAGUCCAUCACCGAAAUCCAGAACUUCUGAAGCAGUGGGAAUAUUGCGGGCAGCCAAAGGUGGUUCUCAAGGUGCCUGACGAGGAGGCCCUCAUUCAGCUCUUAAGCGAGGCCAAAGUGCUAGGCUUGACAGUGAGCUUAAUCCAGGAUGCUGGUCGUACUCAAAUAGCUCCAGGCUCCCGGACUGUCUUGGGCAUCGGACCUGGACCAGCUGAGAUUGUGGAUAAAGUUUCUGGCCAUCUAAAACUGUACUGAAUAUGAUGUACCCAAUGUAAAGAUGGUGAAAUCAGGUAAAUGAAUAUAAAACAUGAACAAGAGAACAAGCCAUCCUCCUCCCAGUUCCUUCCUCAAAGAAUUAUCAAAUGCAAUCCCAGAUUAUUUUCGUUUAUUUUCAGUAACACACACAUACACAGAUGUCCCACAUAUCUUUGCAGGCUCCACUUUCCUGUAACCAGUUAAACAGCCUUGCGUUUGCACAGCUACAGAAGCAGUUUACACUCCUCUUCUCUGACUUCGUGGAUUUCUUUGAAACGCACGAAUCAAGCCUUUGAAACCUGGAGGAGGGAAUGUUCAGUAAGAUAUGGAAAGCAUUGCUAUGAAAGUUUCCAAAUAAAUGAAUUACGUGGACAGGAAGAUCAUGGUUUGCAUCCUUUUAAUAUUAAUAUUUAGGCAUCUUCUGUGCAAACCUUUAAAGAUGGUCUGAAAAGCAGCCGCCUCCAGCAAAGCUGUUGAUUUAAUUAAUUGUAAGGCAUUCUGUGAUUCUAUUUGUUUAACACACAACCCGCUUACUAAAUUAAUCUA